GAGGCUGUGCGAAGCGCCGCAUUUCAAUGAGGACGGGCCACGGCACAUCCCUGCACUAGUGGCCGCAGCCGAGACGCCCGCGCUCCAGCAGCUGCCGCCGCCCAGCCCGGCCCCGCCGCCGCGCCCAGCCCGCAGCCCCGCAGCCCCGGCCGCGCCCAGCCCGGCGAGGACAGCACCAGGAGGCGGCCCCGAUCGCGGCCACAAAGACCCCCGGCGGCAUCUCUCCGCGGACCGGUCCGACGGGAAGUCCAUCAUGUCCUUCGGCAGAGACAUGGAGCUGGAGCACUUCGACGAGCGGGAUAAGGCGCAGAGGUACAGCCGCGGCUCGCGGGUGAACGGCCUGCCCAGCCCCACGCACAGCGCGCACUGCAGCUUCUACCGCACGCGCACGCUGCAGACGCUCAGCUCCGAGAAGAAGGCCAAGAAGGUGCGUUUCUAUCGAAACGGAGACCGGUACUUCAAAGGGAUUGUGUACGCCAUCUCCCCGGACCGCUUCCGAUCCUUUGAGGCCCUGCUGGCUGAUUUGACCCGAACUCUGUCGGAUAACGUGAAUUUGCCCCAGGGAGUGAGAACCAUCUACACCAUCGACGGGCUCAAGAAGAUCUCCAGCCUGGACCAACUGGUGGAAGGAGAGAGUUAUGUGUGUGGCUCCAUAGAACCCUUUAAGAAACUGGAGUACACCAAGAAUGUGAACCCCAACUGGUCGGUGAAUGUCAAGACCACCUCAGCUUCCCGGGCGGUGUCUUCCCUGGCCACGGCCAAAGGGAGCCCUUCGGAGGUGCGGGAGAAUAAAGAUUUCAUUCGGCCCAAGCUGGUCACCAUCAUCAGAAGCGGGGUGAAGCCACGGAAAGCGGUCAGGAUUCUGCUGAACAAGAAGACUGCUCAUUCGUUCGAGCAGGUGCUCACUGACAUCACCGAUGCCAUCAAGCUGGACUCGGGAGUGGUGAAACGCCUGUACACCUUGGACGGGAAACAGGUGAUGUGCCUUCAGGACUUUUUUGGUGACGAUGACAUUUUUAUUGCAUGUGGACCGGAGAAGUUCCGUUACCAGGAUGAUUUCUUGCUAGAUGAAAGUGAAUGUCGAGUGGUGAAGUCCACUUCUUACACCAAAAUAGCUUCAUCAUCCCGCAGGAGCACCACCAAGAGCCCGGGACCCUCCAGGCGCAGCAAGUCACCCGCCUCAACCAGCUCAGUUAAUGGAACCCCUGGUAGUCAGCUCUCUACUCCGCGCUCGGGCAAGUCACCAAGCCCGUCACCCACCAGCCCAGGAAGCCUGCGGAAGCAGAGGAGCUCUCAGCAUGGCGGCUCCUCUACCUCACUUGCGUCCACCAAAGUCUGCAGCUCGAUGGACGAGAACGAUGGCCCUGGAGAAGAAGUGUCGGAAGAAGGCUUCCAGAUUCCAGCCACAAUAACAGAGCGAUAUAAGGUCGGAAGAACAAUAGGAGAUGGAAACUUUGCUGUUGUCAAGGAAUGUGUGGAAAGGUCGACUGCUAGGGAGUAUGCUCUGAAAAUUAUCAAGAAAAGCAAAUGUCGAGGAAAAGAGCACAUGAUCCAGAAUGAAGUGUCUAUUUUAAGAAGAGUGAAGCAUCCCAACAUUGUUCUUCUGAUUGAGGAGAUGGAUGUGCCAACGGAGCUGUAUCUUGUCAUGGAAUUAGUAAAGGGAGGAGACCUUUUUGAUGCCAUUACUUCCACUAACAAAUACACUGAGCGGGACGCCAGUGGGAUGCUGUACAACCUGGCCAGCGCCAUCAAGUACCUGCACAGCCUGAACAUCGUCCACCGUGACAUCAAGCCAGAAAACCUGCUGGUGUAUGAGCACCAAGAUGGCAGCAAAUCACUGAAGCUGGGUGACUUUGGACUGGCCACCAUCGUAGACGGCCCCCUGUACACAGUCUGUGGCACCCCGACAUACGUGGCUCCGGAAAUCAUUGCAGAGACUGGAUAUGGCCUCAAGGUGGACAUCUGGGCAGCUGGUGUGAUCACUUACAUCCUGCUGUGUGGCUUCCCUCCAUUCCGUGGAAGCGGUGAUGACCAGGAGGUGCUUUUUGAUCAGAUUUUGAUGGGGCAAGUGGACUUUCCUUCUCCAUAUUGGGAUAAUGUCUCUGAUUCUGCAAAGGGGCUCAUCACCAUGAUGCUGUUGGUGGAUGUUGAUCAGCGAUUCUCUGCCGUGCAGGUCCUCGAGCAUCCCUGGGUUAACGAUGAUGGGCUCCCAGAAAAUGAGCAUCAGCUGUCAGUAGCUGGAAAGAUAAAGAAGCAUUUCAACACAGGCCCCAAGCCGAAUAGCACAGCAGCUGGAGUUUCUGUCAUAGCAACCACCGCUCUUGAUAAGGAGAGGCAGGUUUUCCGACGAAGACGCCACCCGGAUGUGAGGAGCCGGUACAAGGCGCAGCCCGCUCCGCCAGAACUCAACUCGGAGUCGGAGGACUACUCCCCCAGCUCCUCCGAGACUGUUCGCUCCCCCAACUCGCCCUUUUAAUAAGACCCUGUCACUCGAAGUCCUGGCUUAACCCUUUGAGACUCUGAGAUUUUUUUCCCAAAAAAAUUUAUGUAAAAACAGUUUCAUCUGAUCUAUCUAGCACUCGAUGCUUGAAUGGCAGAACAGAAAGUGUGUUUUCAGGUAUCUUUGUAGCGUUCUCCCUCUACCGAAUGAGAUGAUGACACGUGGUGUUUGUGAAGACGGUAAUUUGCUGCUAACAGGGUCCUCAAAGGGUUAAGGCUAAUUUGCAAUUUUUUUUUUAAACAUAGAAGCAAUGAAUGUUUUCAUCAAUCAAGCUAGGAUCUGCAGUAGGUAACAUAGCACAUGUUAACCCUCUGAGUGCAUAGAACUUUAUCGCGAACCCUCGUUGGGGAAUUUUUCGGGCCCUUGGAUGUAUACGCACACACAUUUCCUGAUUUUGCUGCAGAUCACAGGGUGUUGUGAGACUCUGAAAUGGCCAGGCAAGAAGGACAUCUAGAAUGCUCUCUUGCCUGUCCUUUUCUGUGGGUUUAGAACGUGGCAGAUUUAUAACUUCGGCAUACGUACCCCUCUUUCUUCUUCACAAUCCUAUUAAGAAAGGGAAUUUUUCUCAUUAGAGCUAUGAUUGUGUCAGCUGCAGUGAGUCCUGGGUCCCAAGUGGAGGGAACUGGGUUUGUGGUGAACAAGAAAGAGAUGAGCCCCCCACCCCAGUUGUCUCCAUAUGAAGAUGUACUGAUCACGCCCCGGAAAUGCUGCUUCCACACCAGCUGCUGCUAGUGCCAGCGCAGACCCUCAGGGAAUCACCAGGGCUCGUCUUGUGCUUGGUGAGUGAGGGUCUGUCUGCUCAGUGUCAGACAUCUACAGGAAAGAAACAACCGAUGGAAAAGAGCAAUAAAUUGCCAGGUGCUCUAGAGGGCUGGAAUUUCAAACAGAAAGAGGAAACAAGAUCCUGUGCUUUUUGUCACCUGCUUCUUCAUGCACUGUGGUCAUCAAUGUGCAUUCCACUUUUAGUAUGAAAUCCCUGCAGGAGAGUGGGGCCCCAAGGAGCUAGAGACCAGUGCUUUGCAAGGUGGCCCAGGAGAAAGCACAGUGGGAACACAAUCCAGAAUGUUCUAAAAAUGGAUAAGAACUGGUGCACUUUUAGGUUACCUACAUAGUCUCUCUGGAAGAGCAGGAUGCAAGACCUACACAAUAGCCCUGAGGAUAAAACUUCCAUUCCUUAAACUGAUUUUUUUUUUUUUUUUGAGACAGGGUAUCGCUCUG